ACCCCCCCGCCAAAUACCAUCCGCUUUUUGAUUCUCCAACAAGAUGUCAACAAAAUCCCACCUCCUCUCAACCCUCUCCGCAAUCGCCUCCACCCACAAAUCCACCCUCACUCUCAUAUCCCGCCUCUCAAAACUCGAAGGUCCAGCGAGCGUGCAAUCCGAGUUGACCGAGGCGAUUCGUGGGGAGCUGAAGGAGGCUGAAGAUAGUCUUGCAGAAGUUGUGGAGCAUAUAUCGUAUGAGAGGGAUCCGGGCACGAGGGAGGUGUUGGAGGUUAAGACGAGUAAGUUGAGGGAUGAUUUGAAAUCAGCACGGAUCGCAUACCGCAAGGCACUACUACAAUCAAAGAAAAUCUUCGAAUCCUCCGCCCGGCGCGAGCGAGAAUUGCUGUUGGGAGGAGUCGCACCCGAAUCUGCCCACUCCUCCCAACUCAAACGCCGAGGCGAACCCCCAGGUGCCACUUCCAGCGACCAAGCCCUCCUAACAGCCUCCUCCUCUCUAACCACCUCCCUCCACCGCACCCACACCCUCCUCUCGCAAUCCCUCCACCAAUCCUCCCUCUCCCUCGAAGCCCUCGCGCAGUCAUCUCACACGCUGACCGCACUACAGGAGAGGUAUGGAGCGUUUGAUCGGUUGCUGGGGGUGAGUCGGCGGUUGGUUGGGGUGUUGGAGAGGCAGGAUUGGGUGGAUCGGUGGUGUAUUUUGGGGGGACUCGCAUUCUUUAUACUGACUUGUUUGUGGAUAUUCUAUAGGCGGGUUGUUAGGAGGGGGGUUAAGGCAGUGGCGUUUUUGACGGGGGUGGGGAGGAAGGGGAGUGGGGGGGAGGUUGUGAGGGAGGUUGUGGAGAAAGUCGCGGUGGUUACGACGACGCUUGCGGAGGCGAUUGAGGUGGGGGGGAUGAGAGGCGCUGUGACGAGUGUUCUUACGGCGAUUGCCGCUGAAGUAACAGGACGUGAUGAACUAUAGAAUCCUACCAGUACGGACAUACUCUUACGAGGGAUGUAAAGCUUCGGCAAUUGAUGCCUCGGAAAAUAAAGUUUAGGCUGGUCGAGUUUAUCGCGCGCGGUCGGCCCGGUUUACCUUGCGAUGCAC